AUGAACACAAACGAAUGGAACAACAUCGACAACACGUAUUAUGGGAAGCAAAAGCUGAGUAAUAUGCUAUGGAGCAACGAGGAUGUAUUAAAAGAUAGUCUUACUUGUUCAGGUUAUUUGGGAUUAAUAGCAGUUCUAAGAAAUAAAGACAAAUUUGAUGUUUACAAAAAGGAGGAUAAUUUAAAAAUUUAUACGAACAUUGGUAGAGUAAUAUCUAGUUGUAGAUUAAAUUCGGAUGGGUUAAUAUGUUUUGGAUGGAAUAAAAAUAAUGAUUUAGUUUUAUUAUUUAAAGAUAAUAUAGUAAGAGUAUAUUCUUGUUUUUGUGAAAAAAUAUUUGUUUUUUCCCUAGAUGAAAAUAUAAAAAAUGAGGGUAUAUUAUAUGGUAGUAUAUGUGAAGAGGGAAUUAUAAUAAUUACGGAAAGGUUAAAUAUAUAUGUUAAUUAUUAUUUUAGUGGAAAUAAUUGUUUUAGAUAUCCAGCUGUUGACCUGAAGGGAAAACCGAAUUGUGUUUGUACAGUUGAAGAAGAUAAAUUAAGUGAUGAACUAAACAUUGAGCAUAACUAUUUUGAUACAAGAGUAAACAAUGAUUUGUUAAGGAUGAAUAUUAAAAAUUAUAUAACUAAUGCUUUUGAAAAUAAAAAAGAAAAUGUUAAUGAAAUGGUUAAUAAUAAAAACGUUGUGCUUACUGAAGGAAAAGAGAACUAUAACAUACAAAUGGAGGACGAUAGAAUAAAAAGAAGAACAAACAGAGAAUUAAUAAAAACGUCCUCAUACGAUGUAAAAAGAACAGAGGUUGAUAACACUACCUCUAACAGUAAUAGAGUCAGUUAUAGGGGAAAAAAGGAAAAGGAGUUAAAUAUACAUCUAAUAAUAGCACUGUGUAGUGGUGGCUUUGUAUUAGUAAAUAAGCACCGUUUUAAAUAUUAUGAUGUGUAUGAUAAUAAUAAUGAUAAUAAUAAUAAUAAUAAUUAUAAUAUUAAUAAUAACACUAGUAAUAAUGACAAAUGUAAUCAUGCAUAUAUAAAUAUGUGUAUAUCAAAGUCAGGAACCAUUUUAGCAUUUUUAUCCGAUAAUGGAAUAAUAAGAAUUUAUUUAACGAAUAAUUUAAAUAACUGCAUUGAAGAAUCUGUUUUAGAUAGUAAAAAAAGUAUUAAGCAGAUUGUGUGGUGUGGUGAUGAUUGUUUAGCUGUGUAUACACCUAUGAUUACUCCUUCGAAUUAUAUACAGCAUAUGCUAUUUAUUGGGGGUCCUAAAAACCAGUGGAUUCCUUAUCAGUACAGGCAUGAUUUAUAUCUAAUUGGAGAUAUAUAUGGUGUGAAAAUUGUAAGUAAGGAAAAUUGUGAAUAUAUUAGUCGAAUUAGAAAAUCAACCUUUAACAUAUUUAGUAUAGGUAGUUGUACACCCUCUGCUAUGCUUUAUUAUUCAUAUGAAAAAUAUAGAAAUGGAAAUAUAUGCCUCGAAGAUGAAAUCAGAGCAUUUAACAAUAAUUUAAAUAUAGCUAUCGAAGAAUGUUUAAAUGCAGCUACCCAUGAAUAUAAUGAAAGUAUCAUAAAACUAUUACUUCAAACAUCUCUUUUUGGAAAAAAUUUUAUGAAAGUUAAUUAUGAUUGUAAAAAGUUUUUAUUAACUUGUUUAUAUUUAAGAAUUUGUAUGAAUGUUAGGAAACCACCACUAGACAUUUUCAUCACAGCUUCGGAACUUCAGUACAUUACUAUACCUACUUUUGUCCUAUAUAUAGCUAAACGAAAAGAAUAUUUUUUAGCAUAUAGAAUUUGUGAAUAUGCAGGAAUUAGAUCAGAUAAUAUUUUAAUUGAAUGGUGUAAAGAGAAAAUUGAAAAAUCCAUUGAACUAACUGAUGAACAGUUAUGUAGAGCUAUAACAGAUAAGAUAGGAAAUAAAAAAAAUAUCGACUAUUCGUACAUAGCUUUUGUUGCAGCAAAAUGUUUAAGACCUCAGCUAGCCACUAUCAUAAUUCAAUAUGAAGAAAACAGAAAAAAACAAAUAGACAUGUUACUAAAAUUAGCCAAUUAUAGUUUAUCAAUAGAAAAAGCAAUUCUUUCCAAAGAUAUGGAACUGGUAUAUUUGUGUAUUAUCAAUAUUUUAAAUCAAGAAAAAAUAAAUGCAAAUGGUGAGAAAGAAUUAUCUGUAUUGAUAGAUGUUUUUAACAAGAAUGUUCAUGCUUCUGACUGCUUUUAUGUUUAUUGUAAAAAAACAAAACAGUAUAAUUUACUUAAAGAAUUUUACGAAAAGAAUGGGCAACAUUCGAAAGCAGCUUUUGUCACAUUAGAUUUAGCUCUAUCAAAAAAAAAUUUGGAUCAAAAAAAAACAUGGUUAGCUUAUUCAGCAGGAUUUCUAACAACAGACCAAAUGAAUAGUCAUAUAAAGUUUGUUCACACAUCUAUAAUGAAUAAUAUAGAUUUACUGAAUUAUCAAAAAGAGUUAGAGAUGAAAUAUAAUAAAAAAUCUGCCAUAGGAUAUCCUCACAAAAUUCAAGGCUUAUCUUUAAUGGAGACAGUAAACUAUGUCAUAUCAGUCGGUGAAUUUUUGGAUGCGGAUCAUUUAUUUAAAAAGUUUAAAAUUUCAGAACCGAAAUACUGGAGAUGUAAAAUAUAUGCACUAGCAAAAAAUAAGUAUUUUGAUGAACUGUAUAAUUUUGCAAAUUAUAGAGUAUCACCAAUUGGUAUGGAUUACUUUAUUGAAUGCUGCUAUGAAUUUGGUUCAGUUCCUUUAACCAUUAAAUUAAUUCAAAAAAUUAAGGAUAUAAAUUUACAGUAUAAAUGGUUUACUAAAUUAAACAUGCAUGAAGAAGCAGAGAGUGUGCUAGAAGAAAUUAAAGCACAAAAAAUGACAACAACUUCGUUAUUCCAGACGAUUACGGAUGCUAUAUCAAAUAUGAGGUAG